GACGCCGCCCGCUGGGUGCGCCUCGCGGAGCUCUUCCGCCCGCUCCCCGUGCGUCCCGAGCAGCUCGCGGUCUUCGCGAAGACCCCGGGGGCGGACGAGGAGCCGUGGGACAUCCUGCUCUCGACGCUCGGGCUCGAAGAGCACACCGCCCUCGAGAGGCUCGCCGAGCGCGUGGGGCUCGAGUUCAUCGCGGAGCCCAGGACCGAAGACAGCGCCGAGGUGUUCUUCGAGCGGGUGCCCAGCUCGGCGGCGCGCCGUCACCAGAUCGUCGGCCUCUCGGCUGACGGCGCGAGCGUGACCGUGGCGACGAGCCAGCCGCUGGCGCCCGGCGCGCUCACCGAGACCGAACGCCUCCUGCGGCUCCCCGUCAGGCUCGUGCUGAGCCCCCGGGCGCAGGUGGGCGAUCUCAUCAACCGCGGCUACGAGCAGCGCCAGGACCUCGUGACCGAGAUCGUCGAGGACCUCCCGUUCGACGAGCAGGCGUUCGAGACGGCCGCGGGCACGAUCGGCAAGGCGACGGACCUCUUGCAGCUGGCGCGUCAGACGCCCGUGAUCCGUCUGGUCAACAUGAUCCUCUUCGAGGCGAUGCGCCGGCGCGCCAGCGACAUCCACAUCCACCCGCUCGAAGAGAAACUGCUGAUCCGCUUCCGCGUCGACGGGCUGCUGGUCGACGCGUUCAGCCCGCCGCUCUCGCUCGCGCCCGCGAUCAGCUCGCGACUCAAGGUGAUGGCGGAGCUGGACAUCGCCAACCGCCACAGCCCGCAGGACGGGCAGACGACGGUGCGCGUGGGCUCGCGCAAGAUCGACAUCCGUCUCUCGUGCGUGCCCACCAUCUUCGGCGAGCGUCUCGUGCUCCGCCUGCUCGACCAGACGCAGACCAAACUCUCGCUCGAUUCCCUGGGCAUGGACGCCGAGAUGCAGACGCGUCUGAUGUCCUACGUCGACCGCCCGACCGGGAUGAUCCUGGUGACGGGCCCGACGGGGUCGGGCAAAACGACGACGCUCUACGCGGCGAUGGAGCGCAUCGACCGUCACUCGCGCAACGUGAUGACGAUCGAAGACCCCGUCGAGUACCACCUCGACAACAUCGCGCAGGUGCAGGUGAACCCGAAGCGCGGCGUGACGUUCGCCUCCGGUCUGAAAUCCCUCCUGCGCCAGGACCCGGACGUCAUCCUGGUGGGCGAGAUCCGCGACGCCGAGACCGCGCAGCUCGCCGUGCAGGCCUCGCUGACCGGGCACCUCGUGCUCGCGACGCUGCACACGAACGACGCGCCCAGCGCGAUCUCGCGGCUCCAGGACAUCGGCAUCGAGCCCUACCUCAUCAGCUCGUCGGUGCUCGCGGUGCUCGGGCAGCGUCUGCUGCGCAAGAAAAAGUCGCCCGACUCCGACGAUUACGAGGGACGCAUCGCCAUCUACGAGCUGAUGGAGAUCACCGACCCCGUGCGCGAGAUGACCAUGAAGUCGGUCGAUUCCGUUCAGCUCAUGGCGCAGGCGAUCAAGGACGGCAUGGAGCCGAUGAUCGCCGACGGGCGCAAGAAAAUCGCCCGCGGGCUCACGAGCGAGGUCGAGCUGCGCCGGGUGCUGCACGACGCGGGGGCGCCCGGCACGGAGCCCGGCGCGCUCGCCGAGGAACUGCGGCGCGGCGUGCGCGCCGCCGACGGGCGCGCCGCUCUGGCCGAUUCGCUCGGCGAGGAGAACCUCCUCCUGCUCCGCGCGUGGGAGAUCCCCUCCUGGGCCUCGGGCGGGGGCGACGACGCGCUCGCGCUGAGCGACUAUCUGUCGCUCAACGAGCAGCUCGCGCUGCUCGUCAGCCGCGGCGUGCCGCUGGUCGAGGCGCUCGAGGUGGCCGAGAGCGUGGUCAGCCCGAAGGCGCAGCGCCGCGUGCGCCAGCUGCGCGAGCGCGUCGCGGCCGGCGAUGCGUUCGCCGACGCCUGCGCCGACGCGGGCGGGUUCGACGAGGUCGCGGUCGCCGUCUACCGGGCGGCGGAGCGCUCGGGCGAUCUCGCGCCCGCGGCCAAGCGUCUCUCGGAGUCCGCCAAGCGCCGCGCCAGCGUCGCGUCCCGCGCCAAGACGAUGCUGAUGUACCCGGCCUUCGUCGCGUUUAUCGGCGUCGCCGUGCUCGCGCUGAUGCUCCUCGUGGUCGUCCCCACUCUCGGCGAGGCGCUCCAGCAGGCCAACGCCGAGCUCCCGGGCUACUCCCGGCUCGUUAUCGACACCGGGCUGUGGAUGCGCGCGAACCUCUUUCUCGUCCUGCUCAUGGUCGGCGCGGCGCUCAUCGGCGCGAUCGUCGGACGCCGACGCUUCGUCCCCGCCGCGACCGCCGCGCUGCGGCGCAUCCCCGUCGUCGAGCGGGCCGGGCUCUCGGGCGAGUGCGCUUCCCUCUUCGCGGUCCUCGCGGCGAUGUCCCGCUCGGGCGUGCCGCUCGCCGACUCGCUCAGCGUCAGCGCCAAAACCGUCAAGCACCCGCAGCUGCGCGAGCAGCUGGAAAAACUCCAGAACGGGCUCGUCGAGGGCGGCGUCUUCUCGUCCCUCGCCGAGAACGUCGAGGCCCUCCCCCUCGCGACGCGCAAGCUGCUCAUCGCCGCCGACCGCGCGGGCGACCUGGAGCCCACGUUCGAGUCGCUCACCCAGGAGUACGCCGAGCGCUCGGAGGAGGCGAACCGCCGCGGCCGCCGGGCGUCCAACCCCACGCACACCUCUCGAUUGGAUGGGACCGAAACCAUGACCACACGAACCCGCCGCGCCCGGCGCGCUUUCACGCUGCUCGAGAUCCUGCUCGUUCUCGCCAUCCUCGGCGUGCUCGCCACCGUCGCCGCGGUGAACCUGAUCGGUCGCGGCAACGCGGCGCGGAUCCAGGCGACCGGCACGCAGCUCACGACGCUGAAGCAGAUGCUGACCGCCUACAGCCUCGACAAGGGCGGGUUCCCCACCACGGCCGAGGGGCUGCGGGCGCUGGUGCCCAACUACAUGGAGAAGAUCCCGGGCGACGGCUGGAACACGGAGUUCAGCUACCAGUCGCCCACGUCGGACCCCAACCGACGACCCGUGCGCGGCGCGCGUGCACAUCGCGGCAUGACGCUGCUCGAGGCUCUGCUCGCGCUGGUGAUCCUCGGCGCGGCGGUCACCGUCGGGCUGGGCGGCAUGGGCGCCAUCCAGCGCAUGGCGGUCAUCGAGCAAGAGCGCCUCAACGCGAUGGAGGUCGCGCACCGACUCCUGCUCAACCACAUGAUCGACCCCGGCUCGCUCCCCGACCCCGAGGGGUCCCCGAUCGGCCAGGGCACGGGCGUCUUCCGCUUCGAGAUCGAAGAGUCCGUUCUUGAAGAGGAGGCCUCGGGCUCGAGCGUCACCCGCCGGCGCUCACGCUCGAUCAGCGAGACCACCGGCAACCAGCGCCUCGCCGCCGGGCUCGUGCAGGUGACGGUGCGGGUCUACGCCGACGCGGGCGGGGUCCCCGACACGCGGCGGGGGCAGAUCGUCGAGCUCACGCGCAUCUACGACCCGUUCGACACCGACGAAGAGACGAUCAUGUUCACGCGCGCCUUCACGCUGCUCGAGCUCCUGCUCGCGAUGGUGAUCGGGUCGAUGAUCCUCGCCGGCGGGUACGCCCUGCUGACGUCCGUGUCGCGCAUGGACCGCGGUUUUGCGACGCGUCUCGACACCACGAUGCGCCUGGCGUUCGUGCAGCGCACGCUCGCCCGCGCGACGCACUCGGUGGUCGCCGCUCCCGAGGACUACGACCCGCAGGAAGCCUCCCGCGCCGCCGUCGAGGAAAGCGCCCGCGAAGAGCUCUUCGACAGCCUGCAGGACCGCGACGAGUUCUUCGAGGCGCUGCGCGAGCAAUCCGUCGAGGAGCGCGCCGAGACCACCGACACCCUCGUCGAGGCGCGCCCCAUCCCGCCGGCGCCCGCGCGCGUACGCAUGGGACACCUCUCGGAAGAAGACGAGUGGGAGUACCGCGGGGAAGACGCCGCCGCGGGCGUCCGCAGGCUCGAGCUCUUGCUCACGCGGACCCCGUUCGGCGAUCAGACCCGGGGCGCCCCGGUGCGCGGCGCCUUCGACAUCGUCCCCCUCGAGAGCGGACGCGAGGACCGCUGGCGCUUCCAGUGGACGCCGAUCGACCCGCCCGGGAAACCAACGAUCCUGCUCGACCGCCUCACCCUCGCCGAGUGGUCGCUCACCGACAGCGAGGGCGCGUUCGACGAGUUCGCGUCCUACACCGCGGCGGAUCUCCCCUGGGCGCUGCGCACCACCCUCUGGACCGAGAGCGGCGAGAAGGUGGACUGGAUGUUCGGCUUCGGCGCCGCCAGCACGCCCCGGGAGCCGCGCUGA